CAUAACAACAUAGACAACGAAUAACAGUUCAUCAAAUAUAAAUAAUAUCGAUCCAAAAUUCACAAGUCAAAACUUAUUCCAAAAACUACAACUUCAACAAUUAACUUUUUGGAUUCAAUGAGUGAAGAAGGCAAGGAGAGUCAUCAUCACCACCACCAUCUCCCCCACCAUCACCACCACCACCACCACGGAGAAGACCAAUCGCCACCGCCGCCACCUCCCCCUGAAUAUGGAACUUUUCAAGCAUCUUCUCAACCGGUGAUGGGAUUUCCUCAGCCGGUUCCUCCGCCUGGCGCUACCGGGACACCUUCUCCUGAAUACUAUGCUCAUGGUUAUCAGGCUGUGCCAGGUUAUAUUGCUCCUGAUCCUGAGGGAAGACCCGAGAGACAGCAUCGCCUUCCUUGCUGUGGCAUUGGUGUUGGAUGGUUCAUGUUCAUUAUCGGUUUCCUUCUUGCUGGCAUCCCUUGGUAUCUAGCUGCAUUUGUCCUGCUUUGUGCACAAAUUGAUCCUCGAGAGAAACCAGGAUACAUCGCGUCCACCAUUGCUGCUGUUCUUGCUACUUUUGUCCUCGUAUUUGGUCUGUCGAAGACUUGACUGGAGAGUGGUUGAUCAAUCUGUGUGUAUUCAUAUACGAAUGCAAUCUGGCUUUGCUUGAUUUGCAUUCUUUUCAGUAAAAAUUGCAUAUCUUUGAUUCCUUCUUGUAUUUUGUGAUCUGCUUGUGAAUAAGAGUAUAUGCAUUUGUAAUUAAGCUGAAUUUACAUUAUAUUGCACCAGAAUUCUCCGGUAACUUGCAUUAACAAUGGGUUAGAACUUUCCCGUGUUCGGGCAAGGGUUA